AUGGAAAUCGUGGGACAGGUUGCGCUGGCCCUGCACUGCUGGGUGUGCCGGUCGGACAACGAGCCCCGCUGCGCGGACCCCUUCGACAACGCCACCCUCAGUGCUACCAACUGCUCGCACGUGCCGCUGCGUGACGGGGAGGCGCGCUUCUGCAGCAAGAUGCGCAGCGAGGUGAACGGCAAGACGGUGUACUUCCGCGGCUGCUCCGACAAGGAGGGCCUCUGUCCCAACGUGGAGCACCCGGGCCUGUGCUCCACUUGCAAGAAGGACUACUGCAACGGCGCCGAGCGACCAGGGGGCGACGCCGCCCCGCGGGUGGCGGUGGUCGCCGCCGCCCUCGUCGCCCUCGCCGCGCGCCUCGCCCCGGGCGGUGGCCCGCCGUAG